UCAAUUCUGCAAGUGGUUCUAAUUUACUAUCGCUUUUCUUUAGCUAGUCUAAAACCGCUUUUGACCUAAAGGGAUGCUGUUUGGACACCAUGGAUGUUUCUCAGUUUCCAGGCAGAAAGAACAGUAAAAAUGCAGGCAGGGCACAGGACAAAGCACUAGGGACAAAAUGUAUGUGAAAUGGUUUGAUACAUGAAUUUAGUGAAUGUCACUUUUACAACUUUCAAAUUUCCCGCCAGUUCCAUCCCCCGUACGUCUCAACGUCGCAGGGAUCGGAACCCAGAAGACAGAUGCCGGCAUCCGUCGGUGGACAUUGCCAGGGAUACUGCAGGAGGGACA